AUGCUGGAGGCAGGGUCCGCCAGCCUUCUCCCUCUCUUCCUUCCUUCUUCCUCUCCCACUCCCGCUCCUGCCGCUUCCUCUUCCCUUCUCCUGCUCCCUGCUGGUGCUGGCCUUGCUUCCGCAACUAAGGCCCUAGAUCGCAUGAGCAUGGACUCGACCUUCCUACUCCUUCGGCCAAUUCGAAGGGAAAGCAGCGCGCCAGCACCGUUAUCGUUGAGUUCGCUUGGCAGCGAACACCAACCAAAGCGGAACGGAGCCAGGAAGCUGCUUCAGGAUCCUCCAGGCCUGUUGCCAGGUGACGUUCUUGCUAAGUACGCUUGCCAUUGGUGCACGACCGAGUUUGCCACAGUUGCCCCUCAGUGCUAUACCCGACCAGGCCAGGCAAAGGCAAAGUUGGGGGCAAAGUCGGUGGAGAAUGAGCGGCCGAUAAAGAAGCACAAGGUGGAGGUACUGGUCCCUGAGCGGCCGGCUGGUGAGAGCAUCACACAGUCAAAAGCCAUUCAGAGUAGGAAGCCAGUCAAAUGCCUUCCGACUACUACCCAGCACCUUUCUGUCCCCUCUCACUCCAGUCGCUCUACUCGCCUGACCUCUACUGCCGCCCCUUCCCCCAAGCUUUCAUGCCUGUCGCCGUCCGUUGCCCGUGGUGUCACAUCCAAGAUUAGAUAUCAUAUUGCUGUGGCUGAGGGAUUGCGCGCCUUCUUGGCGCAGUCAAUUACAAUGUGGAGAGCCAAGUUGGAGGCCCUUGAGGCCUGGUUGGGUCCUUCAGCGCCUUUGGACAUUGUCCUGGUCGAGGAUUCGUCGGAGGCCGAUGAUUCUGGAAGGUUGGCGUCGGGUGAUUUUGUGCCCAAUGACUGA